CUUCUUCUUUUUCCUCCUCCUCCUCCUCCUCACAUGUGUGUGCGGCUCUGAGGGGGCAGCGGGUGUUUCAUGGGAAACCUCGGCUGCGCUCUCCGGCUACAAGAGGAGACAUCACGGCGCGGUUAGCUAAAUGUUAGCUCGCUAACAAGCGGGCUGACAUGGCUGUCUAACAGGCUGCCAAACAUCUCUUCAUGGAUCACAGAGGACAACAAAGAGAAACCGCUGCAUUUGUGAGCAUAGCCAAUCAUUAGGGAGUCUGACCCACAAGCAUAUUAUCAGACUGACGUCAGUGCAUGAGGCCUCUCUAGUCGUUCAUAGACAUCUGCCGGGCAGCCCGAAGGCCUACUGCUAUGCACUGUACACAGAGAGACAUGAGGGGUGGGAAUUCUGGAAGGAGCCGGCUUCUUUCAUGCAGGACUAUCCCUUUAGUAAUAGGACUGCUCGCCGCCCUGGUGGAGGGUGCGAUGAUGGAGCAGCAAGAGACGCUGGUGGAGAUGAUACCUGAGAUGAUACCUGUGGAGCUGGAGGCUUCCAUGCAGUCCUCCGUGCUGUCUGAGCUCCACGCCGCAGCGUCCUCGGUUGGCGAAGGGCCGCCUGCAGUUGUCCCAGAUAUUUCUGCGAAGAAUGGAGGAGUGCACACUGGCAUCCCUGACUCCUCUGCGAUCGUGGGCCAGGUGUUCCAGUUAAAGGUUCCUCACGGGCCUGAUCAUGCAGGUUGUCGUUUUCAUCUCACUGAAAUGGGAAAGGAGACUUUACCAUCCUGGCUGCACUGGGACAGAGAAAACUGCAUUCUCAGAGGUUUGGCUCUGGAGCAAGAUAAAGGCGUGUAUCAUAUAAUGGUGUCAGGUGAAGGGAUAACCGAGAAGACCGGCAGCCAAGCACUCCCCAGUACAGUCUUCUCUAUUGAAGUGUACCCUGAAGAACGGGCAGACACUGAGCCAGCCCUGCUCUCUCUGCAAUCUGACAUCAAUGGCCUGCAGCCUUUUACCUGUGGCUCUGAGGAGCCUGUCACUGUCCUCACUGUCAUCUUGGAUGCUGACUUGACAAAGAUGGAUGCUGAGCAGCGAGUCAAGUUACUGAGAAUUAUGACAAAAUUCUCACAUGUGCCCCUGGAACAUAUGAGGGUGGUCCCAGUUGUCAACAACCGUCUAUUUGACAUGUCUGCUUUCAUGGCGGGACCAGGAAAUGCUAAGAAGGUGGUUGAGAACGGGGCACUAUUGUCAUGGAAAGUUGGAUGUGCCCUCGAUCAGGGCAGCAUCCCCGAUAUUAGCAGCGUCCAGACGUCUGCGAAGGAUGGGAACAUGUCAGCCAGACUGGGAUACCCAGUGGUUGGCUGGCACAUUGUCAACAAGAAGCCUCAUGGGAUCAAACGAGUCAGACGGCAGUUGUAUAAUACGCCCACUCCAGUGCCCUCCCUACUUCCUCCAACUGUCCACCAAGAGCCCCAUUCACGUAUUGUUCCCACACCAACUUCGCCCUUUAUUGCCCCAGCAACUGACAACUCUGCUCCCCCUGUCAGAGGCCCUCUGCCUCUUCCAGUAAAGCCCACCAUGAGGGUCAGGGAUCAGAUUGCCCACACACCCGUCUUCGGACCUCCUCAACCUACCAGAGUACUUGGAACUACAAGUACCAUGCCUAUUCAGCCCACUAUGACUCGUCCCACAAUUGUGGAGGCAACUGCAGUGCCAACGCCACCAAGCACCACCAAGAGACCCAGACCGACUUCCACCAGGAAACCCAAGAAAGCCAGAACUACCACGCCAUCUCCAAGGGAACCAAAGUCCACCACUGCUAAGCCAACAAAGCGUACCACUCCUCUCUCCCUGGCUCCGGAUUUGAAUAACAAUCCACAGAUCAGUAACCCGAUUGACCAAGUGACUGCGUGGGUUGGCACCUACUUCGAGGUGAAAAUCGCCUCCGACGCCUUCUAUGACAAAGAGGAUGGCACGACAGACAAGCUACGUUUGACGUUGAAGAGAACCCCCAAAGAAUCGGUGAAUGAAACAUCGUGGAUUCAAUUCAACAGCACUAUCCAGCUUUUGUACGGCCUUCCAGAUGAGGAGCAUGAGGGGACUCAUGAGUACUUCAUGUUGGCUACUGACAAAGGUGGGAAAAGUGCAAUGGAUGCAUUUGAAGUUCGGGUCAACCGCUGGUCUACAAAUGACAAGCCAUCGGUUAUGUUUACUGCUCGUUUUCACGGUGACCCUAAAACUUUGAGUAAUGAUGUUCAUAAGAAGAUUCUUUUGACCAAAAAGUUGGCGUAUGCUCUUGGGGACCGCAACAGCAGUACAGUGACCCUGAGAAGUAUCACCAAGGGCUCCAUUGUAGUGGAAUGGACCAAUAACAGUCUGCAGCAGAAUCCCUGUCCUAAAGAACAGAUCACAGCUCUGAGCAACAGGAUCUCAGACCCCCAAGGAACACCUAAACUAGCCUUCAUCAAAGCCAUGGAGCCUGAAUUCAAGCCCAUUAACAUUUUGAUCCGUGGUACUAAUAAAUGCCAGAAUUACAUCUUCAUCCCACCGGGAGAGGUACCCCCACCUGUCCUUCCUACAGUUCCACCUUCUGCCGGGACCAGUCGCACUAGCAGCGAUGACGUUUAUUUGCACACGGUCAUUCCUGCUGUUGUAGUAGCCGCCCUGCUGCUCAUAGCUGGGAUCAUCGCCAUGGUCUGCUACCGCAAGAAGCGCAAAGGUAAAAUGACCAUUGAGGAGCAAGCCACCUUCAUCAAGAAAGGAGUUCCUAUAAUAUUUGCCGACGAGUUGGAUGACUCGAAAUCCCCCCCGUCCUCCAGCAUCCCUCUUAUCCUUCAGGAAGAAAAGCCCCCUCUCCCCCCUCCAGAGUACCCCAACAUGGCUGGCCCCCACAGCACCCUGCUCAACCAGGAUCUGCUGGAGGAGUACUCGGUUUAUCAAGAUGACGAUCCAAAUGCCCCACCUUACCAGCCCCCGCCACCAUUUACUGUCCCCAUCGAAGGGAAAGGCUCUCGCCCCAAGAACAUGACCUCGUACCGGUCACCACCCCCCUACGUGCCUCCCUAACGCACACUAGAGCUUUCAGAUUGGAAAGCAGGUGCAGCGUAGGGAUGCUUGUCACAAACUACUACAGGAGUAACUUUACAUGUGUUCAAUGAAACGGCUUUGACUUUGUAGAGGAGCAGGCAACCAUACACAUAUAUUUGACCAUCAUGGAUAAGACUAUCGUACAACUCUACUACUGGCACAGGGCAAAUGGAUAAAAAACAUUUUGUGAUUCCAGCACUCUUAUUUUUCUGUCCUUCAGAUCUGCUUUUGACUUCUUGCAUAUUCUUUUUUGUCUGUUUUUGCCACGAGGAGUCAAUUUUAUCUUCAAUGAUGUACUAUUUCUAUUGUAUAGAAAAUAAUAAAGAAGCAGGAAAGACUGGAGCCUACAGGGCCUUCGAGCAGAUGUCACCAUGACAACAGACUCAAGGCUCUCCCUCACAAUGUUAAUCUUUAUGAGUUCUAUAUCACUCUUAUCUGUCCUUCAGCUAGGUUUACUAAGAUUUUGCACCUGUUAUUUCUAGAGGGGAAUGAAAUACAAAUGCCAAACUGAGAGCAUGGAGCAUUUUAUUUACACAGAAAUCAGUUUGUUUCUUAGACAUUGAUCUUUCUCUGUUCUCUUCUAUGCUUUGCUCCCCCUUGACAAUAACAUGCAAACCUUGCACUUAUGCAAAUUCUUGUUAAACCUUGCACUAUGUGUCUUGCGCAGAAUUGAAAGCAUUAAGUGGUAGUCCAAUAAGGAGGUCAAGAAAAAAAAAAAGUAUUUUGUAUCCUUGAACUCACCACAUGACUGAGAUUCCUCUGGUACUUGAUCACAAAGGACAUUACACUGAUCACGCCUGUUGUAGAUGUAGCCUAAUUGAGUUUUUUUUUUUUCUUUUUCUUUUUUUCCUUUUCUUUUGGCUAACGCGUGACACUAAAACCUGCCUGUGAGAUGUCUGGUUUUGCUUUGGCCACGGUGACGUCCGGGGUUGGAGGGUAACCUUGGGAUGAUGCAACAAUAACAAAAGGGGCCGUUGGAGUGUUGUGGUUCACAGCAGGGUGAGGAAAGCAGACAUUGCCAACAAGGCGGAUCCACUGUCUUAUGUUAGGGUGAUUUUUUUCUUGGUCCGGCGGGUGGGUGGGAUCGGUUCUGUAUCGUCACUGCUCUGCCUCCAGCGGGUGCACUGUUGUUUUUCAGCGUGCCGUCUGGUGUCAGUUCAGCUGAAGCAUGGGGACGAGGGGAUGUACAUAAUUGUGUGCCUGUGAAAUUAAACGACUCCAUAAUGUUAGUGUUUUAUCAGUAAAAACCAGUUGGGGGGGAAGGGAGGGCCAGAGUGGGAAAUGAUUUUAUUUUUUAAUUGUAUGUCUAGAUUUAUGAUCACAAUCAUUAAAAAAAAAAAAAAAAAGAAAAAAAAUACUUUAUAGUUUG